CCAUUGUUGACUCAUCUUCGGCCACACCAACAAACAAACCAUGGCGGCGACUUCUCUUCGAUCCGUAAACCCUAAAUUCACCCAAACCCUAGCAUCACCCCCCACCAAAUCCCCUCCCUUCCAAUCCCCCUUCCUCAGAUUCAAUCCCACCACCUUCACUCCCAAACCUCUCACCACCCGCUCAACCUUCGUAACCCGCUCCUCCGCCGCCGAACCGCAAGAGAGAAAAACCUUCCACGGCCUCUGCUACGUGGUCGGCGACAACAUCGACACGGACCAAAUCAUCCCCGCCGAGUUCCUCACCCUCGUCCCCUCUAACCCCGACGAGUACCAGAAGCUCGGCUCCUACGCCUUAGUCGGCCUCCCUGCCUCCUACAAGGAGCGUUUCGUCGAGCCGGGGGAGAUGAAGACGAAGUACUCCAUCAUCAUCGGCGGGGAGAAUUUCGGCUGCGGGUCGUCGCGUGAGCACGCGCCGGUGUGUCUUGGAGCCGCCGGGGCGAAGGCUGUGGUGGCUCAGAGUUACGCGAGGAUCUUUUUCAGGAACUCGGUGGCGACUGGAGAGAUUUAUCCGUUGGAUUCGGAGGUUAGGGUUUGUGAGGAGUGUAAGACGGGGGAUGUGGCGACGGUGGAGCUGAGGGAAGGGGAUAGUGUUUUGAUUAAUCAUACGACGGGGAAAGAGUAUAAGUUGAAGGCUAUUGGUGAUGCUGGGCCUGUGAUUGAUGCUGGUGGGAUCUUUGCUUAUGCUAGGAAAGCUGGGAUGAUUCCUUCUGUUGCUGCUUGAUUUUUCGGUGUCAGGGCUGAUGAGAGUUAUCUUACCUCUUAAAAGGUAUCUUCAAGGGUAAAGUAGUUCUCAGAUUCCCAUUUUCUGUUAUUGUCGUCCAAUAAAAAGAAGAAUAAGUACAUGUAUGUUUCAAGAAUUUGUGAUAUGCUUUAUGGAUAUAUAUUAUGACUGUCGGUUGAUUCUUUUAUUUCAGUUUAUAUAUUAGCUAUGUUUGUGUUAUAUAAGUUGUGAGUUUUUUUCUCAUCUCUUAAUCUUAGAUCUAAUCUUCCGGUCGUAAGAACAAGAGAAUCGAUAGGACCUUUGCUUUUCUUGCACCACCCACACUCCAGUUUUUCAAUUGACCCUGGAAGUAUAAUCAGAAUGUUUUA